AUGUUCAUCUUAAACUGGUUCUGGGACGUCCUCGCACAGCUUGGCCUGUUGCACAAGAACGCUAAAAUCUUGUUCCUCGGUUUGGAUAAUGCUGGAAAGACUACACUGUUGCACAUGCUCAAAAAUGACCGACUUGCCACGCUGCAACCCACACUUCAUCCCACCUCGGAAGAAUUGGCUAUUGGAAAUGUAAAAUUCACCACCUACGACUUGGGUGGACAUCAACAGGCUCGUCGCCUCUGGCGUGACUACUUCCCCGAAGUCGAUGGUAUCGUCUUCCUUGUAGAUAGCGCCGACUUUGAGCGUUUCUCCGAAUCGAAAGCGGAGCUGGACGCCCUUCUUUCUAUCGAGGAGCUCUCAAAGGUUCCUUUCCUCGUCCUCGGCAAUAAGAUUGAUGCACCCGGUGCCGUCAGUGAAGAGGAGUUGAGGCAUCACCUUGGUCUUUACCAGACAACUGGAAAGGGCAAGGUACCUCUCAGUGACAUUAGGCCCAUUGAGAUUUUCAUGUGCUCAGUCGUCCAAAGGCAAGGUUACGGAGAAGAUCUAAUCGGCUCCGAUUAUACCGAAGCGUUUUCCAUGGACUCCCCUUCGUCAAUUACAACUAUUAGCAUUGUCUGGAUCUACUGGAUUGCAGACUUUUUCAAAAUAGCCAUGAAACUUGUAAAGAAGUUACUCGAGUGGCAUGAUGCUCAUUCCAUCGUGAAAUACACGGACGUCGAUUAUCGCGUCUUUAGCGACGCGGCAUCCUUUUUGCUCCAUCCUGGUCCUGGCGAAGCCAAUCGAGCGCAAGGACCGCUCACAAAAUUGUUUGGGCGCGUUCUGAAUUUCGGAGAUCCGUAUACCAGAGAGACAUACCGGUAUACGCCUUUGCUUGCAUUGCUUGUUACGCCCAACGCGUGGCUGCUACCUUCGUUUGGAAAAUACGUGUUCGCACUCUGCGAUAUCAUAAAUGGGGUCUUGACAUACCGACUACUCAAAACAGAGAUCCUUCCGGCCGUCAAUACUUCCAGCCUUUACGACAAAGGAGACAAGAAAGAAAAUGAGGACACUUCUCCUGAACGUAUAGAGCGCCUGGCGACGUUGUACAGUGCAGUGCACCUGCUGAACCCUCUCGUCUUCUCGAUAUCCACACGCGGCUCGUCCGAGUCUGUUCUGUCGCUUUUUGUCCUAUUGACGUUGUACGCGGCCGUGAAAGGCCGGUGGGACAUGGCCGCUGCUUUGCUCGGGCUGAGUACGCAUUGGAAGAUAUACCCUGUUAUAUAUGGAGUUGCAUGUUUGGGCGUUGUCGGUCAGCGGGAAGUGGGUUCAGGGACGAGGAUGGAGUAUGUAAAGACGUUGGUGAAUAAGAAGACUAUGAGGUUUGCGGCAGUGAGUGCGGGCACUUUUGGACUGCUGGGUAUUGGGUGCUAUGCCAUUUGGGGACCACCGACACAAUUUUUCGCCCUACUUUUAUCUGACAUACCUCACAUACCCAUCCUUCUCAUCUGGCUCCUCGUCAACAUCGGAUCCUCUUCCCUUGUGGAACACCAUUCUACGAUCGCCCCUGACGAGCUUUAUCCCUCAGAUGGGGCUUUCACUCUGCUCAGGCUUGCUUUUCGGGAGGAGGAAAAAGGAUUUAGUUUUUGCAUGGUUCGUACAGACAUGCGUAUUCGUAAUAUUCAACAAAGUAUGCACAUCACAGUACUUCCUGUGGUAUCUGCUCCUCCUACCGCUGCUUCUCCCUCAACUGUCGAUGUCUCUACGAGACUCCGUCUUAUACGGCGGCGUAUGGAUCGGAACACAAGCACUCUGGCUUAG